AUGGCGCUGUGUUCGUGUCCCAAGGCGCUGACGAGCAAGGUCGUGUACGCGGAUGAGAAUUCCGGCCACGUGCAUCUCUGCUUGCCCUUCUACGUCGACGUUUGCGGCGAGUGCCACCUCUCUCUAUAUCGCGGAUGCUGCUGCAGCGGCGCGCGCACGCUGCACAACCACCCCGCGGAGAUUGAGGAGCGGCGUGAGCUGAUGGGGAAGGUGCUGGCGGAGCUGAUGGCGCGCGCGCAGAAGCGGCGGAAGAUGAAAGCGCGCGAGGCCAUCGCCAAGGUUCAAGCGGCCAAGGAGGCCAGAAUGCAACACGUGGACAAAGACGCGUUGAUGAGGGCUCUGUCGAAGCUCGACGAAUACCCGCCCACCAAGGCUCACGCGGUUCACCCCCACGCGCCGAGGGAGGCCGUUACGCGCUGCUGGUCGCCCGCCAUGGAGUGCAGGGCGCAGCGCAUGCGCGUGCAGCAGCCACGUGCUGUGCACUAA